ACCACGGUAUCCUGUAGCCUCAUUAAAAUAACGAAGAUGCGGAAAAGUGUUGCGGGCUGAAAGCUGGAGCUGCCGGACAAUCGCGGGAGACCUGCACCCGGCGGACAGUGUGGCUGUCACUCGGGUUGAACUUUGGCUGCUGAUGCCGCUGUUCCCCCCGCUGAGGCUCCGGAGAGGCGGCACUAACUCCAGGAGCUGUCCGAGGUAGGAGUCUCUCCCCCGGUGUCCUUCAUCCGAGCCGCAGCCGCUCAUCUCCUCCGCCACCGGCAGGGAGUGCACCAGUGUGUCCCUCUCUGAAGCCACACAGCUUCCAGUACCCACUGGCUGUCGUCAGUGGAUGCUUAUACGAAGAACAAGUCAAAAUGCCUUCAAAGCAACUCAGUAGAAAAGAGCGAAGGAUGCUCUACACCUCACUGGCCGGAGAGCUGGUGAUCAUGGCCGGGACCGUCAUGCUGGCCUACUACUUCGAGUACACCGACACCUUCAGCGUGCACGUGCAGGGCUUCUUCUGCUACGACACCACCUACACCAAACCGUACCUGGGACCGGAGGACAGCAGCGCCGUCCCGCCCGUGCUCCUCUACGCUGUGGUGGCCGGACUGCCCACGCUGCUGAUCACAAUAACAGAGACAGUGCUGUUCCUGGUCCAGUACACAUCCAAAGAGUUUGACCGCUCAGAGAAGACGGUGGCCACGGGGGACUGCUGUUACCUCAACCCACUAGUGCGCAGGACCUUCCGCUUCCUUGGAGUCUACACCUUUGGCCUCUUCACCGUUGACAUCUUUGUCAAUGCAGGCCAGGUAGUGACGGGAAACCUGGCCCCCUACUUCCUGACGAUCUGUAAGCCAAACUACACAGCACUGGGCUGCCAGCAGGCUCUGCGCUACAUCAGCCACCAGGAGGCCUGCACGGGAAACCAGGACGACAUCCUACGAGCCCGUAAAACCUUCCCGUCCAAGGAGGCCGCGCUCAGUGUGUACGCUGCACUCUACCUGGCUAUGUACGUGACCUGUACGGUGCAGGCGAAGGGCACUCGCCUGGCCAAACCGGUGCUGUCUCUCGGGCUCAUGUGCCUGGCUUUCCUCACCGGUCUGAACCGCGUGGCUGAAUACCGCAACCACUGGUCGGACGUCAUCGCUGGCUUUAUCAUCGGCACAGCCAUUGCCGCAUUCCUGGUGGUGUGUGUGGUCCAUAACUUCAAAGGCAAGCUACUGCUGAGCGAGGAGUCCCCCAUGGAGCAGCGGCCCAACACAGCCAUGCUGAGCAUGGGCCGGGUGGAGAGUCCUCUGGAGAAGUACAUCGCCUCGCAGAAUCACAUCGCCUUCGCUGAGGUCACAUGACGUGGAGUCCGCCGUGUGGCAGACCCAUUGGACAUCCACUCUCUUCACCGUCCAAUCCAAUUAAAUGGAGUGCAACGCUAAACCCAUUCUCUGUGUGUGUCAGGUCUGCGGCAUGUUGUUCUAUGUUGUCUUUACCAGGUCCCUGUUGCCAUUUGCAGCUUCUCGUAUUUAAGGAAAAAAAGAAGAGUCAGUUACUCAGCAGGACACGUCGCUUCGUGUUCUUCAUCUAUGCACUUACUCUGAAUCCUUGACAGAAUCAAGCUUUGCAGUGAGGCAAAGCCUGGAACUUGUUGCACAUUGUGGGACACUAGAAGAACAAGUGAGGAGCUAAAGUCACUAUAUCAACUCUGCCUAGGUCAAAUAUGUUCUCUUAGAUUGCUUAUUUGUGUUUACAAAAAGAUGGCUAUAAGGAAAACUAUCUUGUCAGUAAAUUCAAUGACAGAGAGAAAACCCUUGAUUAUGUUCAGUUAAGUGAAGUUCAUCUCUGUGAGCUUUUUUCAUUGCUGUUAUCACUUUUAUAGACUGAUAUCAGAAAUUUGCAUUAAAUGCUGGGUCCAUAUUUAUCAAAUGAGUUCAGGUGAAAUUAAAGAUAAAAGAAAAGAUCCCUUACUUACAUGCUUAAUUUCUUUUGACUUAAAAUGCUCCUAAAUGUAAGUGCGCUCCAAAGGUCUUAAGUCAUUCACCUUGUGGAGGCUAAAUAAACCUGAGCAGGGUUUACAAGCAAAGAAAACAAAAAAUCACAUUGUUGACCAAUGUGAAUAUUUUAUCUUUCUUUCUCUCGUUAGCCAAUGAGAUGAUUGGCCUGCUGACUGCAGCUUAGCGGGUUAUUAUUAGCAUUUUCCCGGCUAGCAGGCAGUCAUCAUGCAGUAAGCUUCCUGCAGCACGUGUUUGUAAAGAAGAAAUGUGUGAAUAAGGUCCCUUGUUGAAUAUCUUUCCAAGUUUCCAAGUUUUUGAAGUGCAGUACUUUGAUAAAUAUGGGCUCAGAACAAAGUAGCAAAUUUGGAACUAACUCUCUGUGUUUGUAUUCAUCUGUCAUUUUGUUUCCUGAACAUCUCUAUAAGGGUUUUAGAGUGUGUGUGUGUACAGUGUAUACUUUAUGCAGGCAAGUCCAACCAAUGAAAACACUAACUGCAUUCAAACAAAACUGUCAAGGGUUUCUCAGAUAAACCAGACAAUCACAACCUCGCCCUCUCUUUCUUUUUCUCUGUUUCUCUUUCAUCUUUAACUUCCUUUGAAAAUCGACAAUUGAGUUCUCCCUAUUUUGUCAGAAAUAGUAUUAAUUCAUGACCUGCAUCCUGAAACCACAACAUAAAGACAUGCUGAGCUGCUGAGCUGCCUUCACACUGAGCUAACACACUGUCUCCACUUUCAUCUCACGGCAAUUUGGGUCAUGAAGGCCUCUGAUCAUCGGCAAGGCUGCAAAUGUUUGUGUUGCACAAUUUUUUUCUCAUGUAGCUCAGUAUAACUUUUAACGUGACAAAAUCAUCUAGUUGGAUUUACACAUUAAUUAUUGUAACUAUCAAUAAUGGACAUAAUACAUUUUCUUUUAAUGUAUAAAUGUUUUGUACAAUUGAAAAUUCUGCCAUAUUUCUGUUAUACCCGUUGUGUUAGAAGACUUGAUUUUUGUUGUUUUUUAAGUUUUUUAGACAUGAAAAUGGCCACAAUUAUUGGUUUUAUCCCACAUUUUAGAAACUCUUUGCUAAUCUCCAGAGUCAGAUGAGAAUGAUUAAUCUCAGAGCACAUAAUACAAAAAAGAGGACCUAGUUUAGCACAUAAACUGGAUGCCAGAAAAUAGUAUAUAUAGUUAUAUUUAAUGUGUCAAAUAUAAGAUAAAAAGAUACAUGAAAUAAAUUAGUUCAGAGUGGAGUCGAAAGUUGUAUUCUCUCUAGACUAUAGUGCUGGACUAUGUGGACACAAAUGAUAUCUACAUUCUCAUGUUACUCUGAGCAACACAUUUGCAACAAAAUUUAACAAAAGAACAAAAAUAUUUCCAGGGAGAAUGGUAAAUGGUCUGUAUUCAUGUAGUCUUGAUGACCAGUUAAAGCGCUUCACAGUGAAGCGUUUGCCGUUCACUAUCUUGGCCAAGGACAUCCUGAAUGGAGAAUGAGGAAGACUGGGAUCAACCUUCUGUUUAGAAGACGACCGCUCGAUCCCCUCAGCCACCCCAGGGUUAGGGUUAGAGAACAAUAUGAUAAUGUGAGGGACAGUAAACCAACAAGAAAUUCACACUUUAAACAUGGAAACAGUUAAAGUUUAGCUUUUGGAUUUGACUUGAGCCUGAAAAUUAUCAGAGUUUUUGUUAUCAACAUUAAUAGAACCACUCUGAAUAAAGUGAACAGGUCGCUUUUAUGUAAGGAAUUACAGAGAAUUAUCACCCAACUAACAGGCUUUUUCUGCUCUUUGCCCUCUUUGAACUCAUUUGUUUAAUUUUACUGUAGUUUAAGUGACUGAGUAUUUGUCAUCAACAACCACAGAAAGCUAAGCUUUGGGAUACUACCUGGCUGCUAACAUCAGUUUGUGACUAGUAUUUACUACCAAUUCUGUAUCAUCACAGAGCUAACCAUCUGUCUUUGAAAACCAAUUACACAUUGUUCUAGAAUCAUCAAAGACCCGGCCAUCUGGUUUAUCUAUUAUUUAGAUUGUACAGGACACUUCAUACAAACCAAUGUGUAUUUUUGCUUGCAUCAAUGCUUAUUGAACUUUUCCAGCUGUGUCACUGUGUCAAAACGUGGAAAAACGGGUCAAACAUCUUUUUAGUCACAUCAUUUUGUAUCUUUUCACUUGUUUUUGAAAACCUCUCUCUCUUUAUAUAUAUAUAGAGAGAGCGAGAAAGAGAGAGAGAGAUCUUGUCUCUCUUUUAGAUUGUUUUGAUGAAUCUUUCUGCCCCUAGUGGCCAAAAGUGAAUAAAUGCAGCUUUAACUGGUUUAUUUAUUGUCUAUCAAUAUUAACAUAUUAAAUUUGAUAUUAAGUAGUAACUAAUAUUAAUGUUGCUUAUAAUGGUACACACAUUGUAUAUAUGCAGUGAACCUAAUCAUUUUUCCCUGUAGCAAUAACUUGUCAGACUUGCUUUCCCAUCGGCAGAGAGGAGAGGAACACAGUAAAGGUCUAAUUCUGUUACCCCUUCAAAUCUCUAUUUUUGUAAUAAUCACUAAAGCACUUAUGAAUAAGGACUCCGGGCAGGAACAUGCAAAAAGCAGCACUUUAAAUCAUGCUGUAAAUCCUCUCAUUGCUAAUGAAAUGCCACCAAUGUCUCUGCUGCUUGAAAACAAACAUCAGACUGAAUAUUCAGGACUGUCAGCUCAAAUGUGCAUUGCAACAGCCGUCCUGGCUUAAUUAAAGGAGAAGAGAACUGUAAAAAUAUAUAUGUUCAAAUUAUAAAUAUAUAUAGUAUAACUAUCUCUAUACACUAACAAACACACAACACACACAUACACACUCACACGCUACACACACAGACAAACGUGUGUGUUUAUGUGUGUCAUAUUCUACAUUAAUGCUGUCUAUUUUCGUAUGACUGUGCACUGUGUGAGUGAUCACAAUAUCUUUAAGCUGUUAUUACUUCAUGUUAUUUUACUGAAAUGAGAUUUCAUGUUACUGUUCAAAGUUACAAUGACAUUUUUAUACUGUGUUUUGUGAGUAGUGACAUUCAUGUUUGUUAUGUUCUUAUUUUGUUCCUUACCCUACCAAACAUUUCACAUUUUUCCUGAAAUGACUUUGUUCUGAGACAUAAGUCACAGAUGUUUCUUAACUGGUGGUUUUUAUCUUUGUUUCCUUUACUCUGUCAUGUGAUUUGUCAUGUGAUUUAUAUAUAUAUAUUUAUAAAUAUUUUUUUGCUUCUAGUGGAUCAUUUUGUAUGGAUGUUGUUUCUCUCAUUCUAUCCCUGUUCUUUUUAUAUUAUGCAUAUUUCUUUAAAAAACAAAUGUUCUUUUCAACUUAAGUUCAAACUGUGACCUUUUACACUGUAAAAUACAGAAUUUACAGCCUUUGAAUAAAAAACAUUGAAAUGA